GGUUCUCAAAAGUACAAUAAUAUAAAUAUUACAGCGAUAAGAAAACUUAUAUAUUUUGUAUUAAUUGAUUUAAUUUAAAUGUGGGUGAGGUUGUGAUAAUAUCGAUAUUAAAUAAAGAUGUGGAGCUCCUGAAAGAGACUUCUUCAUAGUUCUGGCCGGUAGCAAAGGAACAAAUAAAAUUUCGCUUAAAUAAAACAUGUUAUAGAAAUUACACAUUUUCUAUAGUCUUCGAAUCUCGGAACUUAAAUGUACUUUUAAAACAAAAAACGAAUUACAUAUUUUCUAUUAUCUUUGAAUCUCAAACCUUUAAUUUACUUCUAAAGUCAAAACCAAAGAAAUGAUGUCCAAACCCAGAUUGAAAUGGAUAUUCCUACUCCUUCUGUCACUAUUUGUUAUAAUUUGGUGUCUGCUUUAUGGUUCUGAUAUGAAUCAAACAGACAUACGCUAUUGUUUUAUGAAUAGCUUUGGUGCGUCUCCAUCACUUUCAACAGCACAACAAAAAUAUGCACGAAAUAUUAUUGGUCCCCAGCUUAUAGACGAUAUAAUGCUCACGGAACCGAAACCAAAUGCAAGUGGACGUAGUAUUAUCUUUCAUGAAACCAGUUGUCCGAAUGAGAAGCUACGAAGUCGGGUGCAGUACUUAGGCAGUGCACCCAUUAAUAUUGUGGAACUUUCCGCGCGGCAAGCGUGCGCCAUUGAAUCAGCGGCAUUACACAAUCCCGGUUUUAGUGUUUUUGUGCUUUUUGCUAGUCCCGCAUACCGUGAUUACAAUAAUACUCCACCAGUGAUAGAAGCUAUACUUAGCUACCCAAAUGUACACUUACGCAACCUGAAUAUUUGGACUUAUGCUGCUGGAACACCAAUGUACCAGUGGUUAAAAGACGGCAAACUUUUUAGAUCCAGCUAUGUGCUAUCACACCUCUCCGACUUUCUACGCUAUUUAACGCUAUGGCGUUGGGGUGGCACCUACCUUGACAUGGAUGUUGUAGUGCUGCGGAGCUUAGAAAAACUACCACCAAAUUAUACGGGAGCGGAGUCAAGCGAGGAUCUUGCAGCGGGCGUAAUGAAUUUCGCUCCUGAUGGAUUUGGUCACGAAAUCGCCGAAAAAUGCUUACGAGACUUUCUGUUAAAUUUCAGUGGAAAAAAUUGGGGUAACAAUGGGCCGGGUGUCAUAACACGUGUCAUGAAUGACGUCUGUAAGACAACCAACGUUGACAUGAUGGAUGUCAAACGGUGUAUGGGAUUCCACAUAAUGCCAAGGGAAGCUUUUUAUGCUGUGCCUUGGAAGAAGUGGGAAUAUUUCUUUGAAGCACAGUACCUGACGGAAACCAUGAAUUUGCUUCGGGAUUCGUACAUAGCUCAUGUAUGGAACAAACACUCCAAGCAAAGGCACAUAAAAGUGGGCGCCAAAGUAGCUUACGGUGUUUUGGCAGAGAAGCAUUGCCCGAAAGUUUAUGCAGCAGCAGGCGAGUACAAUGGGUUUUUUCGGUAAUGCAAACUGCAAAACUAGCAUCUGCAUCAAACAUAGCAAAGCUGAUGCGCAAAAACAGCAAAAUUUUGCAACGAACAAGAAGUAGUUGCAGAAAAAAAUUGCAAGUUAAAAUUCAAUUUUGUGGAGCUACUUUGUCAUUCAAGAAAUACUUUCGAAUAAGUGUCAUGCAACAGCAGGAGCCAGCAUAACAUCAGCGGGGCAAAUUUUGUUGCAAAGAUACUACAAAUUUCCCCAUUACCGAAAAAGCCCAAUUUUUAAACAACAAACAAAUAACAGGUUGAAUGGUAAAGAAGGUUGAGGGCAAAAGAUAAAAGUAUUUUUAGCAUUUCGUUGAGUCGAAAGUAAGGAAUAGUUUUUAGUUUUUUAGUUGUCUGUGUAACUGUUAAGAGUUUAAGUUGAAAGGCGGCUUUAAGUGACGUUUUAUGUUUUAAUUGGAUAACCAUAGCAUAGUCAAUUCUCCUUCAUUCGAUACGAAACCUACAAUUGUGGGCGUAAAUUGUUUUGUUGUUUAUGUGUUAUAUUGUUUUAUGUUAUUUUGUAUGCAAAAGGCAAAACAUUUGCAGAAUCUCUUACGUAUUUUUUUUUACUAGAUUUAUAGAACUACAUGUUUUACAAACCAUAU